AGGGUUCCUCCUUAGUCGUUGAGAGUACUAAGGUUUUCUGUGCCGGAGAGGAGAAAUCGAGAGAGGGAGAGGGAUUGAUCGCUACUGCUGCUAAGAGAACGAGGGAUUGACGCACUAGGGCGUGGCGAUUAGCGCAGAGAGAUGAGCGGCGCUCGAGGAUCGUCAUCGUCGGCGACGCCGGCAGCGGCGGCCGCGGCUCCAGCGGCGGCCAUCCCAGCCAGCGCGCGCAAGGUCGUCCAGAACCUCAAAGAAGUGGUCGGGGUAGGGCACGGCGAGGAGGAGAUUUUCGCGACGCUCAAGGAGUGUAACAUGGACCCUAACGAGACGGCUCAGCGGCUCAUGAGCCAAGAUGCCUUCCACGAAGUGAAACGCAAGAGGGACAAGAAGAAAGAGGCUCCUGCCGGCAGCAAAGACUUGGGCGAUGGUAGAUCGAGAGGCACGACAGCUUACAGGGGCGGGAGAGGAUCUGGAAGACUCACGCGCCACUCUCAAAACGAGUCGAAUGGUCGUGGCAAGGCUCUGCCUUCCAAGGAAAAUGGAAACCAUGCGCCUGUUCCUUCGGCUCCACAGUCUGGGAGCGCAGUGUCAUCAGCUACUCCAGUACUUCCGAAUGGAUCCGUGCAGUACUCCUCGUCAACGGGACUUGUCACGCAUGGGUCGUGGAGUAAAAUCUCUGGUCACGCAACAAUGGCCGAGAUGCUAAAGUCCAGCACCAGCAACGGGCCACACCUCCCACCUAAUAUGUUAACAGCGGGUACCGGACAGCAGUUCUCGUCUUCUGGAAUGUACUCGUCCAGUGAUCCUGUGCAUCAUCCUUUUCCUGACCAACGGGUUAUCAGGCGUGAGAAGCCUAUAGGCGACAGGUCGGCGGCAUCGGUUCCAGGCGGUGGAUUGCCUUCGCCGCCUCACCUGCAAGAUGAUCGGUCCGGUAGUCCUCCUGGACUCCAAGAGACGAACAAGUUUCCAGAUACAGGAGCUCGGCAGACUUCUGGAUAUCGAUCGGCAGCACUUGGAAAUGGAAGGCCUGCGUAUCAGCAACAACAGUCUGUAAAUAAAACUACUGGACCCAACAUGGAGUGGAAGCCAAAAGUAGGGGCUCAAGAAGCUGUCACGGCGUCUGGACUAAACUCUCUGGAGAGGGUUCUGACAGAGGCCCCAGCUUCGGAUAUCUCUGAGGCUGAGGUGUUGUCUGUUGCAGCGAAGUUCCAAAAUCUUUCGGCCCGUGAUGAGCAGCAAGUAAUAAUGCCUAACAACUUUCAGUCUCAGGGAGAUUUGGGCCUUAGUUUUGGUAGCUUUGGUGAGCCCCUUGGUUCUUCUCUUCCUUCUGGUUUCAGUUCGGAGGAUGGUCUCGACAUCUCUGGCUCUUCUGAAGCGUCAGUGGCCAAGGAUAUCCUGCGUGAGCAGUCACCUUCUGGAGUGGAUGCCGUGGCUCCUGAUGAAACCCCUUUGCAUCAGGAUGAUGACAUACCUGUUCAAAGAGAGAACGCGACUUCAGCUAGUAUUCCUGCCACCUAUACACAGGUCGACGUCACGAAAUUGCGGUCGACUCAACAAGCUCCACAAUACCCGUAUCUGCCGUCGGCACCAAACUACUCUACAAGUAUUGGGAUGGUUUCUCAAGUUCCCAGUGGCCAACACAGUUUUGACUCGCAAGUCCCUCAUCUUCAAGACAUGUCCAGUGUUCCAACUUCACUGAAGCAGCAAUACGCGGAUUCUGCUACGAGUUUUUACUCGCCAUCUCUUCGGCCUGGUUCUGACGCUGACGCCCGUUAUGCGCAAUACAGUUCUACCGCGAAGUACAAUGGAGGAGUAGUGAUGUCUGCUCAACACCUUCCAGCGCACGAGGCAUCCAAUUCCACUGCCUUGUCAACCAGUAGCACAGUGUCUCAAGUGCCACAGGCAAGUGCGCCUACAGCUCCUCAGCAACCGCUUCAAGUUCACGCUUACCCGGCUCAGCCAACCGGUAUGCCAGUGGGUCACUAUGGCAACGUUUUCGGAUACCAGUACCCGAGCUACACCUUCGUGCCUUCGCCAUAUCAGCACAGCUACGCAGCUAAUUAUCCACAGCCCCCGGUCAGCAGUUACUCACCAUCAGCUAAUUACGCCCCCGCCAUGAAGUACACGCUACCUCAAUACAAGCCAGGGAGUGCCACAGCCAAUGCUCCCACUGGAGGCUACGGCGGAUACGGCACUGCGUCGUCAAUGUACGCGGCAAAUCCGACGGCAACGGCCUCAAACACGCCCGGGUACGAGGAUGGCAGCGCUGCUCAAUACAAGGACAGCAACCUUUACGUCCCCGGUCCACAGGGAGACGGUGCAAGGCUGUGGCAACUGACAAACGACAUAGCGGCGGCACAACAGACGAGCUCGUUCUACGCCUUGUCCAGCCAAAACCAGCACACGUACACGCAACCGAGCAGCCACACGCAUCCGAUAAACGGCUACACGAGCUUGUACCACCAGCCGGGGCCUGCCGGGAGCGCUCACCAGGUGAUCCAACAGCCUCAACCUUUGGGCGGUGCUGCCGGGAGCACCCAAGUUGGAGCCACUAAUUAUCACCAACAGCUACAACGGAUCCAGCAGCAGCAGCAGCAACAGCAGCAACAGCAGCAGCAGCAGCAGCAGCAGCCGAGCUGGAACUACUGAUCCUGGCGAACGAUGCAAGGCUUUUUUUUUUGUUCUUGGAGAUCGAUCGGCCGAAGAUGUGGAGGUUUUCUCUUUACCACUGCUACUGAAUCAAACUAACCAUUGUACUGUUUUCCUUGAAACUUGUAGGAAGUUUGUGGGAGCUCGUGCUUUUCUAUCUUUUGCUUUGUUUCAGCCUAAAGAAAUCGAAGAGAUGUAUAUAUGGUUUUCACAAAAUAUAUCAAUACUAUAUAAAUUUCGUGCUCGCA